AUGGGAACCAAGCACUCAAAGAACGAGGGAAGAAGAAGCAUGCUUUUCCUGCGGAAAAGUUCAAAGUUGCCUGCAUGGGAAGAUGCUCUUCUCUCAGGGAAAGACCCCAAGUCACUGCUGAAACGGGGACUGCGCUAUAUUAGCUUGAGCCUUAUAAUGAAAGGGAUGACCAGUGCCCCUGACUUCUUGUGGGGACUGCCUGAGGUGCAGAAACUGAACCUUUCACGUAACCAACUGGUGGCGAUUUCUCCUUCACUGGGAAAACUAGACCGACUUGUAGUGCUGAACCUGGGUGGCAAUCGCCUCAAGUGUCUGCCGAAGGAGAUUGGACUACUGAGGAACCUGAAGGUUUUGUUUGUUAACAUGAAUUGCCUGACAGAAGUGCCAGCAGAGCUCAGCUUGUGCAGGAACCUGGAAGUUUUGAGCCUCUCGCACAAUUGCAUCUCACAACUGCCUUCAAGCUUCACUGACCUGACAAGCUUAAAGAAACUGAACCUCAGUAACAAUCGCUUUGUGCAGAUCCCCCUCUGCAUUUUCGCACUGAGGAGCUUAGACUUCUUGCACCUGGGGUCCAACAGGCUUGAAAACAUUGCAGAGAGCGUCCAGUACCUAGUCAAUUUGCAAAUCUUCAUCAUAGAGAAUAAUAACAUACGCACUCUGCCGCGGUCUCUCUGCUUCAUCACAGCUCUGGAGCUGCUAAACGUAGACAACAAUUCCAUACAGACUCUUCCCGAUGAGCUCUAUCUGCUGCACAGGCUGCCCCGGAUUGCAUGGAACCCAAUGGACAAAGGCCUCCACAUCUCCCACAACCCUCUGUCCCGACCGCUGCCUGAGAUCAUUGAGGGGGGACUGGAUGUUCUCUUCAACUAUCUAAAGGAGAAGAAGGAACACAACUAA